CCACCGCCUUUCCGCCAGUCUUCCUCACUGAAGCCAGUGACACAACACAACAUCAGCCCUCGCAGCAUCCGCAUCUCACGGCCGAGGAGGACCAGGAGCACAUCUUCAUCUAAGCAUCCAUUCCACAACUGCCUCACAUCGUCUGCGCAUCGCCGACACCAGGUGUGUUCCUCCACCGCUGGAUCUUUUUUAUUUUUCGCCUCGACUCGGAUUAUUUUCUUGGGUUCAUUGCUUUUCUUGGAGAUGGUUUUAAGCUUUUAACGCGUCUUGUGAGGAAAACAGGCUCGGGACGAGGAGCAUCGUCGUUACAGCGAAAUAUAUCCUAAUUGAGAAGGACAUUUGUGGCCAUCAGGAGACGCAGACAGACAGCUGAAAUCCAGCAGAGUGGAGGAGAUUUUCUUCCUCUCAAAAAGCUGCAGGAUCUCUUCCUCCCAGGCCUUAGAUGCCCAGCGGCAGCCUCUAGCCCGGGACUCGCAGCUCCCAGCAGCAUAGCGGCUCUGAGCCCCUCAGGAUCUCCCCUGGCAGACCCUCUUCUGACCCAGUGCGGCUCAAGCCCCUGGAAGCCCCCCUACAGUCACCAUGGGAACCGUGCUGUCUUUGUCCCCUAGCUACCGAAAGGCGGCCCUCUUGGAGGAUGGGCCGGCCACGGUGGGCCACUACACGGCCGUCCAGAACAGCAAGAAUGCCAAAGACAAGAACCUGAAGCGCCACUCGCUCAUCAACGUGCUCCCGUGGAAGCGCAUCGUGGCGGUGUCGGCCAAGAAGAAAGGCUCCAAGAAGGUGCAGCCCAACGGGAACUACCAGAACAACGUCACCCAGCUCAACAAUGAGAACCUGAAGAAGUCCCAGUCAUGCGCCAACCUGUCCUCCUUCACCCAGGAUCAGAGCACUCCAGCUCUCACCAAGGCCUCCAACAACACAGUGGCCUCUGUGAAGAAGGCUCCUCUCACCACCUCCAACGUGGCCCCCGGGACCCCGAAGAGGGUGAUAGUCCAGGCCUCCACCAGCGAGCUCCUGCGCUGCCUGGGGGAGUUCCUGUGCCGGCGCUGCUACCGGCUCAAACACCUGUCCCCCACGGACCCGGUGCUGUGGCUGCGCAGCGUGGACCGCUCUCUGCUGCUGCAGGGCUGGCAGGACCAGGGCUUCAUCACCCCCGCCAACGUGGUCUUCGUCUACAUGCUGUGCCGCGACGUGGUCUCCUCCGAGGUGGCCACGGAGCACGAGCUGCAGGCCGUGCUGCUCACCUGCCUCUACCUGUCCUACUCUUACAUGGGCAACGAGAUCUCCUACCCCCUGAAGCCCUUCCUGGUGGAGAGCUCCAAGGAGACGUUCUGGGACCGCUGCCUGUCCAUCAUCAACCUGAUGAGCGCCAAGAUGCUGCAGAUCAACUCCGACCCGCACUACUUCACCCAGGUGUUCGCCGACCUGAAGAACGAGAGCCAGAAGGAGGAGGAGAGGAGCCGCCUACUCAUCGGCCUGGACCGGUGA